AUGCUAUCAGCGACCAAACCACAGAACGCGGGUGAAGCCGACGAGCAAGUAUGGCAGAGAGCACUUGAAUUCCAGUUACCUGAUGAUGUUUACGGUCACCUUAUGCCUCCUGUAUCAGAUGGACUAUACACGGAGAUGACACUACCGUCCAAGAAUGAGUGUGAUCACUUCGACUGGGAACCAGGUUUGCCCCAAUGGGCCGGAAUGGAAACUUCCAAGUCUUCGAGUCCUGAGUCGGACUAUUCCCAAGAGUACUCUACAUCGCUGAUUGCCGGAAGCAUGCCUGAGAAAGACAACACCGACCUUGUACAGCAAAGCCCAGUGUGCGAAUCGGUCAAGAGAGAAAGAGACACUGGGUCCAGUGUGGGAACCGUCACGCAGUCUCAAAAAAGACCCAUUUCCAUCGUCGCCACAGCUGACCAGGUGGAAAAUGAUGGUGGGCGGGCCAAGAAGAAGUCAAAGACAGAUGCAGACAGCGGUGCAGAACCACGCAGUCAACUUGCUUGCCCCUUUCAAAAGCAAGAUCCUCACAGACACUAUGAGUGUUUGAAGUAUGUGUUGCAUCGAAUCAAAGACGUCAAGCAGCAUGUGUAUAGGCGUCACAAGCAGCCUGAUUACUACUGCGCACGUUGUGGUGAUAUUUUCAAGACCGCCGACGAGAGGGAUGGACAUUCAAGGAGUACGAACUGUGAUAACUUAGAGGUUCCUGACUUUGAGGGAAUAUCAGAGGCGCAGAAGAACAGGCUCAACAAGAGCUCAUCCCGCGGGUUAGAUACUCAAGAGCAAUGGUUUGAGAUGUGGGAUAUCAUCUUCCCGGGUAAACCGCGACCUAGCUCUUCAUGGGUGGGCAGUUACAUGGAGGAGAUGGUUCCGUUGCUGCGCAGCCUGUGGAACCACAAGAGCUCUAGUAUUCUAGCCAGGGUCCAACAAGGCCAGACGAGGCUGCUGGAUCGACCGCUACUGGAGGGUGUGGUUGGAUCGAUAUUCGACUGCCUCGAGGAUGAAGCAUCGGUCUCACUCGGGAAACGAGCACGCGAGACCUGUUCUCAGAUUCAACACAGUCUCGUGGGUGGUCAAUUACCAACUUUGACACCUCCUUCUAAAUUCAUCAUCGAAGCACAGCACCCAGUCUUUGCUGAGCCUCAUGACAUCUUCCAGGGAAUCAACGCCGACCAAGAAGGAGAGUUUCAAAACGAAUUCUUAUUUCCAGAGGCAUGA